GUCGCGACAGCUGUGCGACAUGUUGGCAUCGGUCGGCGAUGGUACUCCAGUAGCGGUCGAGAUGGCGAGGCUGAUGGUGGAUAAUAUGAAGACUGUUAUUGAAUUUGAAACGGCUCUAGACAAACUGAAAGACAUAACAAAGUGCACCGAAGGCGAGGACCUGGUUCAGCUUUUGUACGAAGAGUACCGCCUCAGAGCCGAUCCGGAUACGUUUGAGUUCGGUGUCAGUCUACCGCGUUUGACAGACCAGAGUAGUAUUUUCAUGGAGUACGCUGAAACGGAUUCAGAUACUACUUUUGAUGAUAUGACAUCAGCAUUCGGCAAGCUUUCCAAUUGGGAUACGCUGACGAUUCAGCAGAAGAACGAAGUCCAACGCGGAGGACUACCGCAGCUAUGGUUACCAGAAGACACGUUUAGGACCUGGUUGACGGAAGCAAAUGUGGUAAACUCAAAAUCCUGGUUCACCAAAAUGUUGAGCUCGUACCGUGAUGAGUGCAAGCAGGACAGCCUGCGAUGGCUGAGAGAGACGGAUAGAUGGCCGAGGCGACACUUCGAUAUAUCUGUGGUUACAGAACUGAUAGAAGGCAACGAGUGGAGCGAGCAAGAAAUGAAGACGCGAUGUGAUAUCAGGCCCUCAGACUGCUUGGUGGAGUGGGCAGCUAGGCUUAUGGUCAGAAGAGCGCAAGCAUCAGAGCAGGACGGAGAAUCAGUUUUGUCUCGCUCGCACGAGUUGCUGUGGUGUAGGACAGCGAAUGAUAGAGGACUACCGCACCUGGCCAUCAACUGUGCUGAUUUAAACGCCCGUGCGGCAGAGGUCAGCGAACAACUAUCGUGGCAGAUCGAAAAGGCUCGUGCUAUGAGGAUUAUCGGUUUGAAUAGCAACAACUUUGAUAUGCUGGGCGACGCUUUGUCCUUACUUGAAUCAAAAAAGAAUGCAUUGAACGAGUCUUCCAGCAACGAUAUUAUAAUGUGGAACAAUUUAGCCGCUUCUCUGCAUCAGGACCUAGGAUCAAUAACCAAAGAGCAGCUGCAAGGAUUUAUAUCGAGCGCAGAGCAGGCAUCGCGGCGCAGCGUCAAGCUCGACAAGCCCUCGCUAUGCGCGCUGUACGAAAUGGCUAUUGGCUUCUACGACGAUGUAUGGAGUGAUGAAUCGUCCGACCAAAACGACCUCCUAUCCAACAUGGCGGAUCUCCUCGGGCUCAUGAUAGAGCUGGAUCUCAUCCAACGAGCCGAGCUGUUCCUGGCCGUCAUACUGAACAAAUUGGACGAGUUUACCGCGGAAAUGAGCGAAGAAACAGCGAGGAAUGUUUUGGAGAAGGUCUCCCUCCUACCCCACCUAGACGACACGUCCCUAGAACAGCUUAGAACCCACGUUCCCCUCUUCCCCCCCAUCCUACAGGACUUCCCCUCGCUAUCGGCCGCGCUGGCGUCAGCAGACGACAGCUGGAAGAAACAGUUCCAACUGGUCUGCGACCUCCGAUACUCACUGUUGAGGAGGUGUGAGGGACUGAAGAGGGAGGUUAAUGAUCCCACAAAAUGGCAGAAAUCUUUUGAGCUGCUGAAAGACAAUAUAUUUGAGAAUCCAUACUCAUUACAGAGUUCGGAAUACAAUGUGCUAGCCAAGUACAAGCAAGAUCUGUACAUGAUCGAAGACUAUGAAUCUACAAAUACUCAACAAAAGACGUCCACCCUCAACAAGAUACUCUCCGAGCUGUACAAGAAGCCAGCGAGAGCCACGCUCCGGCUGUCACAGCUGUGUCCCACUCUCGCCAAGCAUACUUACUGUGGUAGCGAGCGGGAUGCACAGAUGUCGAGACUACUGGGACUCGGAAAGAAGGGUGUUGUGAAGUUCUAUGAGCAAGUGUCGGUCUUUACCGAUGCUGUCAGCCGUCCAGCGGUGUUAUCACUCCUACUAACUGAUGGGACUGUCCGUCGGUACAUCCACAAAAGUGGCGACCGCUUGCAAGUGGAGCGAGCGGCACAGCGAGCGGCGGCGGCCGCGGCGACGCUGGUGCGAGGGACCCGGCUGCGGUAUGAGGUGACCCCACUCGGAGAGGACAGCGGGCUGAUAGAGUUCGUCGAAGACUCCACCAGGCUGCGCGAUAUGAUUAACAGCGUGUAUGAUUUAGACCAAGUGGACAUCGGCGCGAGAGCUGAAGAUGAAGAGCUGAUCCUGUCCUCAGCAUCCUUGGAGCACUACCGCAACUUCUGCAGUCAAGUGCCGGCCCACGCUCUGAGGUCAGCCAUCGAAGCGAACUGCUCGUCGACAGAAGACUUUAUAAAGAAGAAGCAAAAGUUCGUCGAGACACUGAGCUUGCUUACUCUACUGUGCUGGAUAUUCGGGCUAGGCGACCGUCAUCUAGAGAACAUGAUGUAUUCGCUCCGUUGCGGCGCGUUGUGGUGCGUCGACUGGGCGCCGCUGCUGCAGUGUGGCGCGCGCGAGCUGCCGCCUGCCAGGCUGACGAGGAGCCUGCGAGCCGUGGCCGACACUAGAAUUUUAGAAGCGCGACUGCAAAGUCUGCUGCAAGCGCUGCGAGACUCCAGCAAGCUGUUUUUACACGCUGUGAAGGCUUCCUUCAAAUGGAUGGGACAGGAGUUUGACAGCAAGGUCUUAUAA